GCAUCACCAGCAUCACCAGCAUCACCAUGCAUGCUGCAGCCAGCGCGCUGCGGUCACGCCUCUCCUCUCGUUCCGAGAAGCAGGUGCGUGGCGAAGAGCGGAUUCCCCUGAGUUCAGAGGAUGUGGAGCGGCAACAGUUGCUCUUGAACGACGUCAUGAUCUCGGAGGGUCUGACAAAGUUUGCAAAGGACUUUGUAAGAUCUGUGAGCACCCACUUGGAGCUGGUGGACCACCUGCUGGCGGUGCUGCGAGCCAUGGAGCCAACCUUUGAAUUUGAGGCCUCUGUGCAAGCCCAAGUCUGGGCGCUCGCCAGUGGGGUCAAGGCCACCGCGCCACGCGUAGCAGUUGAGAUGAAGAAACAUCUCGCACGGCUCCAGGAGCUGAGGACUUCUACUCACAAGGUGAUGGAGCUCUUUGAGCGGAAGAGGAGCGCCAUGGUGGAGAAGAAUCAUUACACCCUGAAGGUGGAAACCCUACGGCGUGAGUUCCAGGAGCGUGAGGAGCAGCGAAAGGGAAAUUCCAAGGAUCAGCUGCAUCGCUUGUCGAGAAAUCAGGAGAAGCUGGCGUAUGCCGAGUCCGAAUACAUGGACACCGACAAAGUGGUCACCAAAAAGAUCGAGGAACAGCUGCGGCAGAACCGGUCCUUGCUGUUUUCCUCCUUGGAGGGGCUUGCCCAAAGUGCCUGCUGCGGUUGGUUGGUGUCCACUGGCGCUGUGGCUUGCAAGGCAUUGCAAGUGGCGGCAGAGGCCCAGGCGCCGCAGAGCGAAGGCUCCGAAGAUCGCCCGGAGCGCUCUGCGGUGCCCCGAAAUAUGCUGCUCCUGCCACCGGUGGUGGUGGAGGAUGAGCUGGAACCGCCGGGACCUUUUGAUCCGAGAAGCGCUUUCAAAGAAAAGCCGCACUCGCGUGAAAUCUUCGACCUCAGCGACGGCGAAGCCAUGGCUAUAACGGCGCGCCAGGUGGACGAGAGUCUCAUGAGGUGUUCCGUAAAGGAGCUGAAAGAGCUCAUUCGAAAGCAUGGCCUCAGUGACGACGGCUUGGUGGAGAAAAGCGAACUGGUGGAACUGCUCCGAAGGCAUGGCGUUAAGGUCCCCCCGGGUCCGGGGCCCGCGGGUCACGCGAUGCUCGAAUUCGAGCGCUUGGAGCGUCACCCACCCGCCAUGCAUCGGGGGCAUGCGCCGUUUCCGCACCCCAACUUGCAGGAGAUGGAGAGGGGUGAUUUUGCUGGGAUGGAAAUGGUGAUUUCCUAG